GCUUUACGCUUAUGACUCAAUAAUGUGUUAUUUUAAGCAUAAUAAAUUUUCAUAUUUCCUCUUCAAAAUUUUUGUUACCGAUUUCAACAUCAUAUUAUACAGGGACUUCUUCAGGAAAAAUUCUGGAAAGUUAUUGGAUCGUGAAGUAAUUUUUGUUCCAAGACAAACUCGAAGUUCGCCUUAAUUAGACAUUUUGGUUUAGAAUUUAUAGAUCCAUAUACGUUGAAAUUAUUAUUUACAACUUUGAAAAGUUGUGGUUUGUAGGCGGAGACAUUAAUAUGGGUGCCAUAAAAUACGGAUUAAGUGCAUUUUAUAUUAUUUUUUGCGUUUUGUCUACCAUCUACCCUGUCGUUUGUGUAAUAUUUAUAUUGAAAUCUUUAGGUUAUAAAAAAAAUAUCGGUGGAUGUCAAUGUUUUGUUGUUUUAGAUAAUAUUUAUUGACAUUAUGUGAUGCUACUGGGUGAGAUUAAAGCUUUUUAGUACAUAUCACAUGGAACAUAUAUGUUUAUUUACGAAACUUAAAUAAAUUUGGUACUUUUAAGCUAAAUAUCUGUAUUACAUAUAUCAUAUACGUAUGUUUGUACAGAAGUAUACACUUUACUAAAGGGUAAUUAAAAGCAUCUCUCGAAUGAAAUCAAGCAAAAUGAAUUAUCAAAUUAAUUUGCACCUUUACACGCUCGAUCCGAAAAAGCUUUUGUGCUAAGUAUAUCAUCGAAACUUUAAAAAGCCAAACUCGUAGCCAGUGUGCUUCUAAAAGAAUUCGUGUCUGAGGAAAGCAGUCGCAUCUGGUCGUAAAAUCACACUUCAAACGAAUACACUCGUAUCUACUAUGAUGUGGGGUGCAUCAUAUUUAGUAUUGCUUAGCACAUUUUGUGUAAUAUCUUUAGCACACUCAUCCCAAUUGGAUGAUAUUUUUACUGGAUACUUAAAAAACGUAAAUCUUUAUAAUCCAGAAAAGCACUCACAAAUAGUAAAGCGUCGAAUCUAUGAAGAUAACCAAGAUGGAAGUUUGAAGAAGAUUUCCUUACAAUCGCUUAUUGGCAAUUUAGAGCAGAAUUUUUUACAAUCAGCUUCUAGUGUUGGCAAUCUCGCGCAACAAACAACGGAAUCAACGGAAAGCCAUUUAAGUCCUAUUGAAAAUCAUGCAAUACUCAAAAGAAAAACGGACAAUGAAUCAUUAGGCCAAGCUAUUAUUUUUGAUGAGGAUCACAAUAAAACCAUGGUUGAACCAGAAAGUGUCGAUUCAAUAAAUGCAUCCAACGAAAACAUUUCUAAUAAACAAUCAGGAUCUACUCGGAUACAGGUUGACCAUAUUUCUGUGCAACCACAUCAUGGAAAUUUCCCCAUUGUGCCGGCUUUCCAAUUGCAUCAAACAAAACUUAUAUCCGCUACUUUUAAGGACACUGAUUCUAAACCAACCCAAAUCAUCAUUAGAAAGACAAACAUCCAGGCUACCCCUUUGGAGGAAAAAUCUGAAACUAUUAAUGACCAAAUGGAGAAAAACAACAACACCAAACAAACGGUCAAUGAGGAAACUGAAAAUCUGUUGCCAUCAACAACGAAAAACACGGUUUCCGAUUUAAAACAAACUGAGGCGGAGCUUAAGGCAAAUGUAGCUGAAAUCGAAGCAGAGCCUGUAAUAUUAUCAGCUCGAGUUUAAUUGUUCGCAAGUUAUAUUAUGCUAUUUCUUCUAAAUAUACUAUAUGCAGAUCAGUGUGUGUAGAUGAAUACUCCAUGUCAGUUAUUUAAAAAAGUUGAUACAAAGUGUAAAUACAAAUCAUAUGACCUGCGCAAGCAAACAAAGCAAUUAUGAAACGGGCUCAAAUUGUAAAUUUAAAUACAUAUACUAUAUCUACAUACGUA